AUGGAGAGGGGCAAUCAUACGGUAACUGAGUUCAUCCUCCUGGGCUUCACAACAAACCCUUUGAUGAAGUUGGUCCUGUUUGUGGUGUUCCUUGGAGUCUACUCUAUGACCUUGGUAGGAAAUACCACUCUCAUAGUGUUAACCUGUAAUGACUCCCGGCUACACACACCCAUGUAUUUUUUCAUUGGAAAUUUAUCUUUCCUGGAUCUCUGGUACUCCUCUGUCUACACUCCUAAGAUCCUAGUGACAUGCAUCUCUGAAGACAAAAGCAUCUCCUUUGCUGGCUGCCUGUCUCAGUUCUUCUUCUCCGCUGGGUUGGCCUAUAGUGAGUGUUACCUGUUGGCUGCCAUGGCUUAUGACCGCUAUGUGGCCAUCUCCAAUCCCCUGCUAUAUGCUCAGGCCAUGACCAGGAGAUUAUGCAUCUCAUUGGUUUUAGUUUCCUACACUGGGGGGUUUAUCAAUGCAAUAAUAUUAACCAGCAACACAUUCACAUUGGAUUUUUGUGAUGACAAUGUCAUUGAUGACUUCUUCUGUGAUGUCCCACCCCUGAUAAAGUUGGCAUGUGAUGUGAAGGAGAGCUACCAGGCUGUGUUGUACUUUCUCCUGGCCUCCAACGUCAUUACGCCUACCAUGCUCAUCUUGGCCUCCUACUUGUUCAUCAUUGCUGCCAUCCUAAAGAUCCGCUCCACCCAAGGCCGCCUCAAGGCCUUCUCCACUUGUUCCUCCCACCUGAUCUCUGUGACCUUGUACUAUGGCUCCAUUCUCUAUGUUUACUCCCGCCCAAGUUCCAGCUACUCCCUGGAGAGGGACAAGAUGGUUUCCACCUUUUAUACUGUGUUGUUCCCCAUGUUGAACCCGAUGAUCUAUAGUCUGAGGAAUAAGGAUGUGAAAGAAGCUCUGAAGAAGCUCUUCAGGUUAGCACAGUCCAAAGUCUGA